UGGAUUAUAUUUCUUGGAUUGAGGAUAAAAUGAAUUUUAAGAAUAAGUAUGUUUUUUUAUAUUUUGUUUAAUAUUAUUAUUCUUGAUAUUUAAUUGUUUGUUAAUAUAUAUAUAUAUUUUUUGUUUUGAAGGAAGAAGAAAUUUUCUGAUGUCAAUAACAUUAUCAAUCCCCCAAUGGAUUAUUCUUUUGUUAAAAUUUAUGAGAAAAUGUGGUUUUACAAGCUUCAAACUUGUGGGGAGGACCUUAUGGACACUCAUAUAAAUGUAUGUUUUUAUUACUUGAGGAAGAAGAUUAAGUUGAUUGAUGGUUUGAACAAGAGGGUUACAACUACAGACUCUUGGUUUGAUGCAACUAUCAAGGGUUUGUAUGAUAACUUUGUGGCAGCCAAAUGUGAUUCAAGCAACAUUCGUUUUGAUAACCUAAUUUCAUAUUACAUUAUUGGUGAAUAUUUGUUUUGUAACACUCCUUGGGUGGAUGUGGAUCAUGUUCUUUUUCCUGUGCAUGUGAAGGUUCAGUUGCAUUGGGUUUUUAUUCACUUUUCCAUUAAGAGUAGGAUGUUAACUGUCUACAAUUCUUUGACGGGGAAGAAGAAUGAGAGUAUUGCUUUGCCAUAUGUGAAUGCUUAUUCUGUUGUUUUACCAUAUUUUCUAGAUUUUCUUGAUUUUUAUUGUUCUAGGAAAGAUUUGGACUUGAAUGUUGGUCCAUAUUCUGUUGGGAAGAAGGAUCCAAUUGAUUUUAACUUUGCCAAAAACUUGCCAUUUCAAGAGGAUAAGUAAGUAACUGGUUUUUUGUAUAUUGUUGUUUAUUUUUCUAUUUUGUUUGUUUUUAAAUAAUUUCAUAUGCUGUUUUUUGUGUUUUUUUUUUUUUUUUUGCAAUGAUUGUGGAAUAUUUGUUAUCAAGUAUGCUGAUUUGUUUAUCCAUGGGAAGAUUGAUGACAUCCCGAAGAACAUGGCUGCCAAAAUUGCUACCUAUCGUGAUUAUCUUGC